AUGGGUUUGGCUCGCGAGGACGGGUAUCAUGAAACCCGUACCCGCCCCCCUCGUUGCCAUCCUAAUUUCUGGGACCAAAAAUUAUGCGAUGGUUUAACAAAUAAAAACUUGGAAUCAACGUGUGGAAGACCCUUAGGCCUCAAGUUCAACACUAUAACUUGUGAUCUUUACAUUGCCGAUGCAUACUUUGGGCUUCUAGCUGUAGGACCAAGGGGUGGUGUUGCAAAGCAAUUAGCCACUUCUGCAGAAGGGGUUCCAUUUAGGUUCACAAAUGCCUUGGACAUUGACACCAAAACGGGUGAGGUAUAUUUCACAGAUAGUAGCAUCCUGUUCCAAAGAAGGGUAUAUUUACCAAUAAUUCUUACCGGGGAUAGAACUGGAAGAUUACUAAAAUACGUGCCAAGUACCCAAAGUGUGCAUGUUUUACUCAAAGGCUUAGCAUUCCCUAAUGGUGUGGCACUUAGCAAUGAUAAUUCCUUCCUUCUAGUAGCCGAAUCAACCACUUUGAAAAUUCUGAAGAUUCGAGUUGGAGAUUCCAAGACCAACAUUAUAGAAACUUUUGCACAACUCCCACGUUCCCCAGAUAACAUCAAAAGGAACGCUAAAGGAGAAUUUUGGGUUGCACUGAACAGUGGCAGGGGAUUGAUUUCGAGAUCAAAAAAUGAAAUUGAAACCACACAUCUUCCGUGGACAACAGAUCCUGUGGCAAUUAAAUUCGAUGAAGAUGGGAAGAUCGUUGAGGUGUUAGAUGGAGAACAUGGACAACAACUUGACUCUGUGAGUGAAGUGGAAGAACAUGAAGGAAAUUUGUGGAUAGGGUCUGCAGUGCAACCAUAUGUUGGUGUUUUAAAAGCUUAGUAUGCAUUCAUGAAUAACUAGUAUUUUGGCAUGAAUAAUGCACU